AUGCAUCCCCCGCGGCCGCGAUGGCAGCGACGGACCCGACGGCGGCAGCUAGCCCGCCUCCCUCGCCCCUCCGGGAGGAUGCUGAAGCUGUUCGGAGCGCUGGUGCUCCUCGGACUGGCCCUGGCGUGCAUCACCUCCUGGGUGCUGGACAGCUACGACACGGCUUGGCACCCGAAGCGGAGCGUCCAGCACCCGGCGGCCGGCGACGGAGCCGGGUCCAAGGGCAGCUCUCCACCGUUCCCCGGCGGCGAACUGGACGGGAUCUUCUGGUUCUUACAGGUGUCAGACAUCCACAUCAGCCGGUUCCACGACCCAAGGCGCAUUCCUGACUUUGAGAAGUUCUGCACCGACACCGUGGAAGUGAUCAAGCCGGAUCUGGUGCUUGCAACAGGAGACCUGACGGACGCCAAAACCGAGAGCAAGGUGGGCUCCCUGCAGCACGAGGUGGAGUGGCAGGCCUACCACAACAUCCUGAAGAGGUCCCGGGUGAUGGAGCGCACGCGGUGGAUAGACAUCCGGGGAAAUCACGAUGCCUUCAACAUCAUGUCACUGGACAGCGUCAACAACUAUUACCGGAAAUACUCGGCUAAUCAGAAAGUCGGCUCUUUCCACUACGUUCACAAAACUCCCUUCGGCAACUACUCCUUCGUCUGUGCCGAUGCCACCCUGACCCCGGGACCCAAGAGGCCGUACAACUUCUUCGGUAUCCUCAACCAGACUCAGAUGGACUUGCUGGACACGUUCAGAGUUGAGAGUCUGGAAAGCAACCAGUCGAUCUGGUUUGGCCACUACACCACUUCCACUGUCGUCUCCCCGUCUCCGGGAGUCCGGGACAUAAUGAGAUCUGCAGUAGCAUAUCUCUGUGGCCACCUGCACACACUGGGCGGCCUGAUGCCGGUCCUCCACAGCCGCCACCCUCAGGGCACCCUGGAGCUGGAGCUGGGCGACUGGAUGGACAACCGCAGGUACAGGGUUCUGGCCUUCGACCACGACCUGCUGAGCUUCUCUGACUUGAAGUUUGAGCAGUGGCCUGCGGUGCUCAUCACCAACCCCAAGGACGCCCAGUACCUGCAUCCCGGAGUGGAGCCGCUGGGUCGGAUACGAAGAUCCACACACAUCAGGAUCUUGGCCUUCUCAGAGGCUUCCAUCACAGCGGUGCAUGUGAGCGUGGAUGGGGAACCUCUGGGGAAAGGCAGCUCGGCUGGAGGACCUCUGUAUGUGCUCCUGUGGGAUCCAUCUCUCUACCUCACUGGACUGCACACAAUCCGAGUCAAAGUGGAGGACUCGGCUGGGCGGACCACAGAGCGGGAGCAGCACUUCACUCUGGAGGAAGACCUGACUCCCAGCUUUGGUUUCGUGCAGUCCUUCAUCCUCCUCACAGACCACUACAUCCUGGCCCGAGCAGCCUUCAUAUUCAUGAUGCUGCUGAAUGUCGGUGUGCUGCUGGCCUUCAGGUUCCUCAGUGUUCCCUCUGGCAGAGGUUUGACGUCUCAAGCUUGUAUGUCUCUGCACCUGGUCAGUAAGAUGGACCUUUUCUACUACUCUCUGCUGCUGUUCAACCUGUGUACAGCCUUAGGUCCGUGGUUCGUAGGAGAAUUGAUAGACGGCCAUCUUGGCGCCUGCUUCGCCUUUGGGGUUUUCAUCGACGGAUACUUCCUGGAGGGCAGCCUCACUUAUGUUAUUGGAGUGGUUCAAAUGCUGUUCUUCAACAUGCCCCUCACCUCCUACCUCUGCUGGAGCCUCCACCACCGCUCCAGAGGCAACACCUUCCGAUCCCAGUUCCUGCGGCCGGGCUGCCGCUGGCGGAGUCUGGUGGUGCACCUCUUCAUGCUGCUGCUGCUCACCUGGCAGGCCCACUCCUGCUACUUCCUCCUGGAGACCUACGGCCUCAUGGCCUGUUUCCUGUCUCCUGUCCGCACGUGGGCGUUCGGGCUCAGUCUGCUAUUGGUCCACCGCGCCUGGACAGGCCCCGCCCCUUUCAUCCGUGACAACAGCAAGAGCGUCUCUCCCUCUUGACAGUAAUUGCACUGUACCACCGCCACCACCACCACGAUUUCCAUUGAGCCUGACUCACAGAUAUAUUUUCCAGUCUCUAUCCACCUUGAAAGCCUCAAUUUCCCCCCCCACACGACAGCCUCUUCCGUUUCUUUCUCUCCUUCCAUAGCAUCCUCCCAGUACACCACUCACUACCCUGUUUCUAGAGUAUUUACUUGAUAUGCAUGUUAUUGUAAAGCACCGGUGAGCACAUUUCUGGCCAUAUUCAUAGCAAUGUGUACAGUGUUAAGAAACUAAAUCACCCUGGAUAAGAAUGAAAUAGCCUAUUCGAGGACUAGUUUGACGAAUCCUGCAGAUGACAGUGUACUAGCUGUAUCCUGCUGUGGUUAAAGCUGACUCACUAACUUGAGCUUUAGCACUUUUUGGAAGUGGUGCCUUGGCUCGAUGCCACCUCACCACUGCCAAAGGAUGAAUAAGAAAGAUUUCACCUUUUAUUCUCCCCCCCCCUGAAAGCUGUUUUCAUUCGCUAAUGAAAGCCGCAUGUGCCAAACCAAUCCCUGUGUUUACCUCCCGACAAACAAAUCAAGUGGAUAAUAAAAGGUGUAUGCCUCAUUUUAUAUACUGUAAGCUUUCCCUAAUGUCCCGCGGGCUGAUGGAAAGUGGAAGUAACUUCGGUGGAAAUUACGAACUGCAGAUGAUGCAACCUGCACGACCAGAUUCUCAAGUUUAUUCUACAUUUAAUUACAGGCAAUGAAAGGAAGGGGAAUUAUAAAUGGGUCGAGUACUGUCGCUGAUCCGUCAACGUGUUUUUAAACUUACAUGAAUUCCACUGCACACAACUGCCAAUGUAAAAAACUUCGUAAUAUUCGCUCUGGAAUAUUCAUAUCAAACACUUCGAUGCCACUUUUCACCGCGACACAGAGACGCCGGCCUGACUCUCCAUGCUCCUUCAAACGGGCCUACAGAGAGCAGCUGUUUGUUUCUCAGGAAUGUGAGCACUUGAACAAUAGGCCGGCCCCGGUAGUAUUUCAGGACAAUGUUUUUUAUACGGCAUAGUAGCUCAGUGAAUUCAAAAAACUAUGUUGGGGAAGAAGAAAAAAAUCCAGAUGUGUGGUGGCAAAAAAAAAAACUUGUAUUGUGGGAUUUCUUUCAUUUUAUUUUUUCUCUCAUGUUAUAGAACUGCACUGGAAAUGGUUAUUUUUCACCUCCCUUCCAUCGAGUGUGGGCUGGAAGAUGCAGAAUUGAAUGUUGAUCCCUUUUUUGUGAAGGUGCGAGAGCAUUGAACUGGGUUUGUGUCACACUAAUCCAGUCCAGUACCCAGUAGUGGCAGCUGCCUGGAUUCCACAAGAACUAACUGGUCUAAGAAUGUACAGAAAAUGGGAGAAUACGUUAUUUAUCGUGUCCUUUCAUGGAAGGCAAUGUUCCAGCGGCGUCAGAUCCUCGUAUAUUUUCCAAAUCCAUACCCAGCGUUGGUACAGAAUCGUUCCUCAGUGCUGUUAUAAGACAUGCGCUCUAAUAUUUAAACACCUGCCAGGUACUGAGAAAAAUUGAUUUAUGUGCAAUCGUGCUGGCAGUGGUUUAAUAACUUCCUUCCUCUCUGCAUCGACGGGUCUUACACGUUUGUACAGGAGCACCACUAAGUGUUUAAUUCCAGGAUGAAGACUGAUAUUUUAAAUGUAUUGACUUGUGUUAUUGGAGAUGAUGUCUCUCAGUAUCUCUCUCAAGCUCUGGGACCUGUCCACAAGGAGGCAGUAUAGAAUGGACACAGAGGGUUAUGAUUUAUUACUGGGCUGCAUUUCACUUCCAUCCCCAAAUUCUGCAUGAUUCAUUUUUUUGUCUUUUUGCAGAAAAUCACUCACCGAUUAUGGUUUAAUAUAAAUCUGGGGGUGAUUUUUUUUGUACUGUGCAUCCAAUUAACAGAAAACAGACAUCAUUACAUGUCUGAGAAGGAAUACACUGUAAAAAGAAUGUACUGGUUUUCACUUAUUCUACAUUCCCCCUCUUAUGUUCAAAUACUGAUGCAUACGAAUGAAGAUGAUGAUUUCCCCCCCGGCCAAAUAUUAUUUUUUCUUGUGACAACUGAACUUGGAGCCAGCCACAACUUUUAUUUUGUUAAUGGUUUAUAGUGCUGUGGAAUAAAAAUGUUCAUUACAGUAAA